UCGGGGCCAGGCCACCCAGCCAAAAGGCAGGCUGAGAGCAGGAGAGCCACAGAGUCCAGCACUGGUCCUGAGGCAGCCAGUUACCCUGCCACCGUCUGUCUGUCCGUCCCCAGAGCCAAUGGAGAGAGCCAGUCUGAUCCAGAAGGCCAAGUUGGCAGAACAGGCCGAACGCUAUGAGGACAUGGCAGCCUUCAUGAAGAGUGCCGUGGAAAAGGGUGAGGAGCUAUCCUGUGAAGAGCGAAACCUGCUGUCAGUGGCCUACAAGAAUGAGGUGGGUGGCCAGAGGGCUGCCUGGAGGGUCCUGUCCAGUAUCGAGCAGAAAAGCAAUGAGGAGGGCUCGGAGGAGAAGGGUCCGGAGGUGCAAGAGUACCGGGAGAUGGUGGAGACUGAGCUCCGGAGAGUGUGCCACACGGUGCUGGAACUGCUGGACAGCCACCUCAUCAAGACGGCUGGUGAUGCUGAAAGCCGGGUCUUCUACCUGAAAAUGAAGGGCGACUAUUACCGUUACCUGGCCGAGGUGGCCACUGGCGAUGACAAGAAGCGCAUCAUUGACUCAGCCCGGUCAGCCUACCAGGAAGCCAUGGACAUCAGCAAGAAGGAGAUGGCGCCCACCAACCCCAUCCGCCUGGGCCUGGCCCUGAACUUUUCUGUCUUCCACUACGAGAUCGCCAACAGCCCCGAGGAGGCCAUCUCACUGGCCAAGACCACCUUCGACGAGGCCAUGGCUGACCUGCACACCCUCAGCGAGGACUCCUACAAAGACAGCACCCUCAUCAUGCAGCUGCUGCGAGACAACCUGACCCUGUGGACAGCCGACAACGCCGGAGAAGAGGGAGGCGAGGCACCUGAGGAGCCCCAGAGCUGAGCCGAACCUGCUCCCCUCCCUGCCCUGCCCUGCCCUGCCCGCUCCAGUCCCCCGCCCCUGGCAGAGAGGACUAGUAUGGGGUGAGAAGCCCAACCUUUCUCCCCAAUGCUCUGCCCCCCCCAGCUCAGAGAGGCUCCACAGAGAGGGACCAGCAGAGCUGAGGCCACCUGGAGCCAGAGGAUCCCACUCUUCCUGCAGCUGUCGUGUGCUCCUAACCCACCCACUCCUGCUCUCUGCACCCCCGCUUCGAGACUCUCCCUCCCUGUGAACCGGGCCACUUCUUUCCCACUCUUGACUCCCUCCUGCCCCUGCAGCCUCUGGAUCUUAGGAAUUGAGGAGUGUCCACCCUUGUAGUGGAGAAAUGGACCGUGUGACAGGCUGGAGAUGAGUGUGUGUGUGCGUGUGUGAGAGAGAGACCGACCCAGAAUGAGAGGGAAAGCAUGUCUGCUGGGUGUGGCAGUGUUUCUCUCAAUAAAGUUCCCCUGUGACACUC